CAGUUAGCAUCCUACACCAUGAAGGGGACGCUGCUUCUGCUGGCCUUGCUGGUGACCGGGGAGCUGGGCUUCCAGACAACGGAAGCAUGCAUUCCUUUCUUUGAAGUCUAUGCUGCAGUCUCCAUUGGAAACAAGAUAAUACUGAAUGCCGUCCUUAGCAAGUUUGACCCUACUGACGGGGAAAGGAAGGCUUUUGAAAAAAUCAUGGAAUGCUUCAAUGAUGCAGGAGUGGAAGGCAAAAUCCUGAAAGCCAAAGUUUUGGAAGCCCUUGUCUUCAGCCCAGAAUGUAAAGCAUACUAUACCCAAGACGUCAUAGACAAAUUUCAGGGAAUCCUUUCCAAAGUUAACUUAUUUGGAAAAUGAUGACUGAUCUGAGAGCCACCUUGCCACCCUGUCCACUUUCCAUCCUGAAGUUGGAAUCCAGACACCUGUCCCCUGCUUGCUCAGUCUGUUAAGCUGGUUCAAUAAACA